AUGGUGUCAAGGAGGAGUCGCAGUCCUGAUUCGUCACAUGAGAGGGACAGAGACAGGAAAGGAAAGAAGCCUAAGGUCUGUUGUUCAGAUGAUGAAGCAGAGGCAGGAAGCUCCAAGGAUCCUCUUGCCGAGUCUUAUAAACUGAUUGAGCUCAUGACCCCGGAACAUUUGAAACAACUCCAGAAGUGUUUGAACAACUUCGUCACAUGUCAUGAAAUAGAGCUCAAAGUUAAAGAGGACGAAGCGGCACGCCGGAGGAAGGCUGCUGAAGAAGCUGCUAUGCAAGAGGAGUAUGACAAGUUCAGACAUGAACAGUUUCGUCGUACACAAGCAUUACUUGCAGCAAGUAUGCCGCGGUGUCCUCCACAAGUAGAUUUGCUGGCAUCUGAUACUAAAUCAUAUGCUGAACCAGAUUGGGAACCUUUUCAGCAUGUGCCUGAGUCAUACUCACCAGAUGAGGAGGUAGAGCAGCUCCCGCAGGCUGAUUUGGAGGAAGAAAUAGAAGCAGACAAUUGGAAUGACUUUCCCAUGGGGCCUGUUGAUCCAGAAGAGGAGGAGUAUGCUCAAGCACUAGUGGAUGCUGAAGAUGAAGAAGAUGACGAUGAAGACUAUGUUGAAGAUGAGACAAGUGAAGUCACCGACGAAGAUGUGGAAGAAGAGAAUGAUGAAGAUGAAGAAGAUGAAUCUGAGGAAUUGAAUGAAUAUGACAAUUAUGAGGAAGAUUCUAUAGAUGAUGAUGAAUGA